AUGGCAAUGACGCCAAUAUGUACCUCUUGGAAGUCUGUGGACACCAUAAAAAUCAGUCCGUUUGGUCCUUCUGAUUACGUUUCCGCACUAGACCUUCUGGCUUUGCAGUGGGCUCAUGUGCCCCUAAAGUCUAAGGACAACAUUAGUGCAAUCAAGCAAUGGAUCCAAACCUGCGUGUCCGACCAUCCCGAUUGCCAUAGAUUCCAAGCAACAACCGCCGACAAAGGUACACGGCCGAAGAGGAUCCUAGAUCUUAGUGACGACAAGGUCAGGUUGAGAUGCGAUUUUCGCUCCUCCAGCCGUUGCGAUUACAUUACUCUGAGCCACAUGUGGGGAGACAAGCCGGCCCGUCAAAUCCGAUUACUUGACGAAAAUGUUUCCGAGUUCCAGGACCCUGGCAUCCCGAUUAAAAACAUGUCGAUAAUCUACAGAGAAGCCAUACGCGUUACUCGCGCACUCGGCUAUCAAUAUAUCUUGAUCGAUUCUCUCUGUAUCAUUCAGGAUUCGCAGUCCGACUGGGAAGAAGAAGCCAGUAAAAUGGCGGCAGUCUAUGGUAAUGCAGUCUGCAACAUAUCAUACCUUUUUCCGCCGGAGGAUGCAGAACCAAAGCCACGGAAGGAUCCGAGAGGAUACUCGCGCUGUGUCCUACGACAAAUGGGGGGUUCAGAGCCAGGUAUAUAUGCGUGUCGCCCACCAUCCAGACGUGAAUCGGAAAUCCAUGCCUGUUGGCCCUUGUCCACUCGGGCCUGGGCCUUUCAGGAACAAGUCCUUUCCCCACGGACUGUGUACUACGGGGAUAGCAACCUCAUGUGGGAAUGUUGCGCAGGCUUUUCCGACGAACUUCACGGGGAAUUCAGCCUUUACGGGGAGGGUCUGGGGCUUAAGCAUGCUCUAGUUCGAGAUCAUGGGCAUAUUGGAACGCUGAGAAGAAUUCCUAAAAUUCCCAAAAGUUCACUCAGGUGCGGGCAAAUUGGAUUUCUCCGGAUAUGGGAAAGAUUGAUCGACAACUACCGACGCAGAAAGUUGACCAAGGAGAGCGACAGAAUCAUGGCGUUCGCUGGGAUUGCGCGAGCCGUCAACAACCUCUAUGGACUCACAUAUCUCGCUGGGAUGUGGAAGGAGGGCAUACAGCCUUUGCUUCUUUGGGCUAUUAAACCGGAGCGCCCCACUUCUCCAACCAUGCCUCAGACCGCGACCGAAAACCGCGAUGAGUUGGAACCCCAGACCGGAACUGCAACGCCCAGCUGGUCAUGGUUUUCCAUACCCACGUCCCGUUUUUACACUCCUCUCGGAGUAUCCACCGUUUACGACACAGCCGCCAGCGUUCUCCUAUGGACUAAACUGCUCUCAUUUGGGUGGAACAAGCAACUAGAAAACGAGAUUCCUGCGAGCAGCUUCUACGAUUUUACCGGGCUACACCUCACGCUUGAAGCUAUGACCCUUACCACGCACCUUGAUCGGUUGGAUGGCGGUGGGCUUGCAUUGGAUUCAACUCGAUUUUCCCCGAAUGCUCCCUUAAAAAUUCAGUCCACCACGUAUUGGCACGAUGGAACUGGCACUAUGGUUGGCUGCAAGCAGGGAGACUCUAUCAGCGUUACACUAGCCUGCAUUGUAUUGUUUUGGCACCAUCUGCACGACAGCGUAGAGCCUCAUCGCUGUGUCAUCCAAGGUCUAGCUUUGACUCCCUGUUCGGAUCAAAAUGCCUGGAAGCGUGUCGGAAUGUGGGAAAUCGGAAUCAUCGAACCCCGGAAAGAGCCGGAGGAGCCGCUGAUAGAGACUGGCGAGUGGGUCUUUGCGCAGUGGGAAGGUUGGAAAUUGGCACACAUCACCCUAGUAUGA